CUCCCGCGGGCGGCACUCGGGCACCGGGCUCGCCGGGACCAGAUCCGCGAGCCCGCCAGCCUGCGCCAUGGGCUGCGACGGCCGCGUGUCGGGGCUGCUCCGCCGCAACCUGCAGCCCACGCUCACCUACUGGAGCGUCUUCUUCAGCUUCGGCCUGUGCAUCGCCUUCCUGGGGCCCACGCUGCUGGACCUGCGCUGCCAGACGCACAGCUCGCUGCCCCAGAUCUCCUGGGUCUUCUUCUCGCAGCAGCUCUGCCUCCUGCUGGGCAGCGCCCUCGGGGGCGUCUUCAAGAGGACCCUGGCCCAGUCACUAUGGGCCCUGUUCACCUCCUCUCUGGCCAUCUCCCUGGUGUUUGCCGUCAUCCCCUUCUGCCGCGACGUGAAGGUGCUGGCCUUAGUCAUGGCGCUGGCGGGCUUGGCCAUGGGCUGCAUCGACACCGUGGCCAACAUGCAGCUGGUGAGGAUGUACCAGAAGGACUCGGCCGUCUUCCUCCAGGUGCUCCAUUUCUUCGUGGGCUUUGGUGCUCUGCUGAGCCCCCUUAUUGCUGACCCUUUCCUGUCUGAGGCCAACUGCUUGCCUGCCAAUAGCACAGCCAACACCACCUCCCGAGGCCACCUGUUCCACGUCUCCAGGGUGCUGGGCCAGCACCAUGUAGAUGCCAAGCCUUGGUCCAACCAGACGCUCCCGGGGCUGACUCCAAAGGACGGGUCAGGGACCCGAGUGUCCUAUGCCUUCUGGAUCAUGGCCCUCAUCAAUCUUCCAGUGCCCAUGGCUGUGCUGAUGUUGCUGUCCAAGGAGCGGUUGCUGACCUGCUGUCCCCAGAGGAGGCCCCUGCUUCUGUCUGCUGAUGAGCUUGCCUUGGAGACACAGCCUCCUGAAAAGGAAGAUGCCUCCUCACUGCCCCCAAAGUUUCAGUCACACCCAGGGCAUGAGGACCUGUUUAGCUGCUGCCAAAGGAAGAACCUCAGAGGAGCCCCUUAUUCCUUCUUUGCCAUCCACAUCACGGCCGCCCUGGUCCUGUUCAUGACGGAUGGGUUGACGGGUGCCUAUUCCGCCUUCGUGUACAGCUAUGCCGUGGAGAAGCCCCUGUCUGUGGGACACAAGGUGGCCGGCUACCUCCCCAGCCUCUUCUGGGGCUUUAUCACACUGGGCCGGCUCCUCUCCAUUCCCAUCUCCUCAAGAAUGAAGCCGGCCACCAUGGUUUUCAUCAACGUGGUUGGCGUGGUGGUGACGUUCCUGGUGCUGCUUAUUUUCUCCUACAACGUCGUCUUCCUGUUCGUGGGGACGGCAAGCCUGGGCCUGUUUCUCAGCAGCACCUUCCCCAGCAUGCUGGCCUACACCGAGGACUCGCUGCAGUACAAAGGCUGUGCAACCACAGUGCUGGUGACAGGGGCAGGAGUUGGCGAGAUGGUGCUGCAGAUGCUGGUUGGUUCGAUAUUCCAGGCUCAGGGCAGCUAUAGUUUCCUGGUCUGUGGCGUGAUCUUUGGUUGUCUGGCUUUUACCUUCUAUAUCUUGCUCCUGUUUUUCCACAGGAUGCACCCUGGACUCCCAUCAGUUCCUACCCAAGACAGAUCAAUUGGAAUGGAAAACUCUGAGAGCUACCAGAGGUAAAACUGGGUGAAGGAGGCAAGAGGAGACUUUCAGCCUCUUGAUCACCAGCACGACCAUACUGUUUCAGAAAGCUGGGUGGUGGUGGAGGCGCUCUCUCAAUGACUAUUCAAGUCUUCUCCACUAAAACUUGGUUGGGUAGAGGAAAUUAAAUUGAGUCCUGGUACCUGGUCAAAAUCAUUAGAAGUUUACCUGGCUUCUCGUCAUCUUCUUCCCUGGUUUGGACUGUUGGUAAGAGCUGUCCAGAUACCCAGAUGGGAAGGAAGGAGACAGCCACGCGCUUCACUCCAUUUGUCACCUCAUGCAUGGACCAUACUCUGGGUUUGAGAUCAUUCUUCAUUGAAGUUUGUAAAAAUAGGUUGAAAUUGUAAAGCUCCAUGAUCAUUGCUAUAUGUAGAUAUAUUUCAAUUUAAGCAAAACAAGCUGCAAGUUAUUCCCUGGCAUGCUCAAAGGAUUUUUGUGCUUUUCACUUAAUAGUCCAAAGUCCCUUAAAUUCCUGCUGCAGACAUUAAUAGCUUAUCUAUAUUCUCAAACACCAAAAGGAAAAGUUGAAUCUUGCCCUCUUUGGUAUACUAAUGUAGUGGUAUGCUAAGCUAGCUCAUACCAACUUAGAAAAGCUGAUUGUAAAAUUUUCAUUUUGACAGCUGGUUAUUAAAUGCAGCCUUUAUUAAAAAUCAAAUCAUACAAACUUAUAAUUAAAUCAAUUACAUUUAAAACAAAGGUAAUAAAUAUUCAAAGCAUAUCACUUCCUAAUUUUAUCUUGAUGCUCUUGAGGUAAUUUACGUCCAUGGUACCUGUGUGGUGGAAUUACUAUAUAUGAUGGUGUGCUACUGUGCACCUUGUCUCAACCCCACUCUUGGUGAUAGCAUGUUGGUAGCUUGAAAUCAGCCAGGUGGGAGUAUUACCAUGGACACUGGCAAAAGCUACAGAUCCCAGAGAGCCAGUGGUUAAACAUUUACCAGCAUACCACUGCUAGUAAUCAAGGCUAACUGGUCCAGAAAUCACCCGGGAGAAUGAAAUGGAUGUUCCAUUUUUCUCUACUGACAUUGACUAGCAUAUAAAAGGUAUAGAAACAGCACUAAGACUUUCUGAAAAUACCUAAUGAAAAUUUUACAUCUUGUUUUUAUUUUUGUUUUUGAGACGGAGUCUCACUCUGUUGCCAGGCUGGAAUGCAGUGGCGUGAUCUCGGCUCACUGCAACCUCCGCCUCCCAGUUUCAAGCAAUUCUCUUGCCUCAGCCUCCCGAGUAGCUGGGACUACAAGCACAUGCCAUCACGCACAACUAAUUUUUUGUUAUUUUUAGUAGAGACGGGAUUUCACCGUGUUAGCCAGGAUGGUCUCGAUCUCCUGACCUCAUGUUCUGCCCGCCUCGGCCUCCCAAAGUGCUGGGAUUACAGGCGUGAGCCACUGCACCCAGCCAAAAAUUUUACAUCUUUUAUAGAGGGAAAAAAACUCUUUAUACCAUGGCAAGGCCUUUUCUUUCACAAAAAGCUGAGCCUACUGAACAAUUCAAGCUGUGCAGUAGUAGACUGAAAGCAGGAUUUGUUGAGGAGUUAGACAGCUCCUGUCCAGAGCAAAUCCUGUAGUGAUACAAGGAGAAUGUAAACUUGCCAGCUUAGACAGGGAUCAGUCCUGAGACUGCUGGCAGCAGCAAAUGGCUAUCAGAGUAACUGUAUAAUGGUUUUGCCUGCACUUUCUCUAUGUAUAUACAAAUGUACAUGUAUAAAUAUAAAAAUUAAGUGAUCAUG